CAGGUUGUGAACAAGAACUUGCUUAUUAUCAAAGUACUACUGCUAUCAAAAUACAUCUUUUAAGCCUUCAUCAUAUUACAAAAGCUGUAGUUCAAAAAAAUCAAAAUUUUUCUCAACAGCUUUUACCAAAAAUUUUAAAAGAUAUAUCAAUAGCUUCUUUGAGUAAAAAAAAACAAAAAGAACUUAAUCAAUAUUUAAUUAGAUUUAUUGUUGGAACUAUUCAACCUUUACAAUUAGUUGAGGCUCUAGAUUUUAUUGAGUUUUGUAAUCAAUUAGAUUUUAGAUAUAAAAUUCCUUCAAAAAAAUUUUUAAAAGAUGAAAUAGAUUUUGUUUAUCAUUAUAGUUCAGAUCAAAUUAAAGAAUUAAUUAAUAAUA